AUGUCGUCAGAGCUGCUAACCCGCAUCGAGCUACCCUUCCUCGUAGCACUCCGUUAUAAGGAGGAUCCCGGCCAGAACGACUCAGGCUACGUACGGCCUCAAGGAAGUCCUGUUCCCUACCCCAGUAACAACUAUCAGAAGAGCGCCGCUGGCUUCACACAUCCUCAGGUGAGAGAGGAUUGUGGCUUGUGGGCCACUCUGUUUCUUGAGAAGCUUCUGGCUCAUUAUUGGAAGUUUCCUAGAGCUGAGAUGUGGACGUUUAGCUAUGAAAAGAAUCUCCAGGAGACUCAAUGUGAUGAGUAUCGUUGGAUCGGGAUGAAGGUCACGUCUCCUUACCUUGAGCCUACUGACGACCAAUACAGACAACUCGAGGCGGUCCUCAAGCUCCUCAACGAGAAGUUAAUCACCUUUGCCAGUGCUGAAACAAGGCUAAAACUCACAUUCAAACCUCGACAAGGAGCCUUUAACCUCGAACGACUUAAGGAAAUCGCAUCCAUGCUAUGGGUGACAGACCCUCUCCUGAGUAGGCUUCAUCCCCCUCACUGCGGACCAAGCUCACUGCCCUCCCUGGGCUUUCAGUUCACAAACCUUGUCAGGGAGCAUCAUCCCAUCGACCUCAAGGUGGAAAUGGGUUUGGGUGUUCUUAUCGAUGAUCCUUGGACUGAUCGCCUCUCCUGGCACCGUCGACAGCUCAGGGUCAUGGCUCAUCCUGGGGAGUUGUGUGAAGGGAGGUAUAGACCUGGGCUCGACAAGAUUCACAAGGCUAAAUCUAUCCCAGACCUACUUCAUCUCUUGAAGUUGGCCGUUAAAAAGAGAGGCAAUAAGCACAAGUUCCAGGCGGCAUACAACUUUCAGAACGCCACCGAUCCGACGCACCCCCGUAUUGAACUGAAUCAACAUUGCGGAACUCUUCACGGUCCAGCCAUCGUGGAUUGGGUCGCCAUUUGCAAGUUUAUUCUUGAACCUCCUCGACCAGUGCACGACUCAUCUCUCAUCGCAGCGUCAAGAAUCUUGAGACAGCGUGUCGAACAAGGCUUCACCGUUUUCGAUUGUCUGCGCUCAGACGGCAUAGGAAAAAUGAGGUACUACACGCCAAGGAAAGAAUUUCAAGUCCCAGACUUGAUCUACUGGCCGGCUCGUACAAGGCCUGUCCUUAAAUAUGACCCGGAACCUGGGCCGGCGAGAUCUUACAGAUCGCUGGACGAUGUCGAGGCGGAGGCUCAGAAAUGGGCAAAGUUCACCAAAGGCGUCAAGGGCACCAGUAACAGCACCUACUCCUUUGGCGUGGAGCUGGAAAUGUUCCUCCCCACGUCGGAGCAUCCGACGAAGGAUCUAAAACCAUCUUUUUACGCUUACCAGUAUAUCGACGACCCCCCUAACCAGUUAUUCUUUGACAUUGGAGAGAAGCUUCGUUUAGCACAAGAAGAAGGCUCGGUCAAAGGGGCAUCCCGUGAGGACUCGCAACCAUGGACCCCGACGUUUCCAGAAACUGAGCCAACAUCGACCAUAGAAGUGAGUUCAUCAGAUACUUCAAUGAUGGACGUCGGCUCAGUUCCCGUAUCGAGCCUUCUUGACUCUGACCCGAUGGACGUUGACGCAUCCUCCGAAGAAGAUACUACCCCCGAGAACGACCCUCAUCCCAACGAUCCCAGGGAGAUUGCCCGCGGGAGAUGCUUUUCUCGCCGAGCCCAUCAGCUAGCGGGCAUCGUCUCUUCGUUCGGCCACCCGGCGUACUUCAUCUGCAACCACAGCAACGGCACCGGCCGCCCAUGGAAGCGCGAGCUCGCAAAACACGGCCUCUUCCACGUGGGCGACCUCAAACUCAACUACCACGCGUGGUCCCUCGAGCAAGACGGCUCACUCGGGGAAUCCUUGAACUGGGGCGGAUACUGGGGGCUGACCGGUCUUGAGCUCAUCAGCCCAGUCUGCCAGGACGUGCCCGAGGACUGGGAGAUGAUUCUUGAUGUCGUGGGCGGCUUUGCGACAAAAGUCAGGGUCAUGCAAGGUGCCAACUGCGGACUGCACGUCCACGUUGGCAAGGGUCAGCAGAUCCUCCCCAUACAUCUCCUUCGAAAGAUGUUCUGCCUCAUGUGCUGCGUGGAGAAUAUUGUCUUCAGCCUCUGCCACCCCUUAAGGAGACACAUGGCAUACUCGACUGCCUUGAUGGCAUCUGCAGAUGAGAUAAGACGGUAUUCAAAGAACAGAGCUCCACACCCGGACCUCAAGAAAUAUUUCCCUGACGAGGUCAAGGAGGAUCCUCUCCUCUGGGUCGUCUUGAAAGAGAUGUGGAUAGUACGUGAUCUGGGCCAGCUCAAGAAUUACUGCCGCAAGGUCUCGCUGUCCGUAUCAACUUGUCAGGCCCUCAACGCGAAAGGCCAACCCUCAGAACUACACGAAGAGGACGUUUACGUCAAGGGCACAGUCGAGUUCCGUCACCUAGAAGGAACCAUGAGCCCAGACUUGGUGUUGCGAUGGGGUCAGCUCGCUGUCGCACUCUUCCAGUUUGCAGACCUCGCAAAGCCCAAUGACUGGCAAAAGCUGAUCAGCACCGCGCUCAAGUGCAAGGACUCGAGCAACUACAACCUUGACCUUCUUGAUGACUUUCUCCAGCAGCUAGGCCUGGGAGAGGAUUUUCCCUUCUGGGAGCACAGAGCUCGUUACUCCAGUAACAUAGAAAUACCGGGGGAGAGUAAUCCGGUCUUAGCCCCAGACAAUACCGGUCAACCUCCCCUUAACACCAAGUUUGAACGUGCAGUCUCCGACGAAGGAAUGGAGGCUAUACGAAAGAAUAUUUGUCAAAGAGACAGGACGCCGCCGUAUCUGGCCCAAACGGAAGAGGAAAUUAGCUGA